AUGAGGAUCGGAACAAUACGAACGAGGCACGCAGCAGCGGUUCGUGGUGGUGGUGGUGGCGGCGGUGGUGGUGGUGGUGACGGAAGGUCGAAGAGAGUCGAACGGGAAAGGGUUUCUUACCCUGUGGCGAUGGGGCAUUCUCAAAUUCGGCUAUUACCAAAAUUAUUGCCAUUAUUAUUAUUAUUAUUAUUAUUAUUAUUAUUAUUAUUAUUAUUAUUAUUAUUAUUUACUAAAAAAUAA